UGUAUCAAUAUACACUGGCUUAAAUCGGUACCAUCCCGAAAAAGUUGUACAAUUGAGACUUCGUGUUUUCAUUAGCUAAAAUAAUUUUUAGUACAAAUAAUAAUUAUUUAUCAAACUAUGGAUGACGCAUGGUUUUCUUCAGAAGAGUUUCUACAUGAAUUUUCUAUAAACUUUUCCAUAAACUAAUAGAAAAAUGUUGCGGGAGAAAAAGUUCAUUUAUUCGAGAAAUACGUGGUUAUCGAUAUUUCGUCCCAGGAAACUAAAAAGAAGAGCGAAGGGUGGUCUCUAGGGAUCGAUGAAUUUCGAUUAUCUCGAGGUAGCCGCACCGAGGGGAUUGGUAAAGCGAAUCUGUGUAUUGUAAAAGCAUAAAGAAGCUGUUAUUGCAGGUAACGAGUCACAAUGUAUCAUCGAUCUUCCGAUAUAAAUACGCGAAACAAUUGUACACACGAAUCCAACGGUAAGUUUCGUGUUUAAAAAUAUUCCGACGAAACCAACCGAUCGAAGACACGAGAUAUUCAUUUCGAGCUUUCAGUUAGAGUCGAGAGUCGUGUAACUUCGCGAGCAGUCGAGGAGCAGUGUAUUUUUGAAAAUUAUUUCAUUUCAAGUUAUCCGUUUGGACGACAAUAAAACUGGCUGCAUCGAUAGGAUAAUCGGGAAAAUUAAUUAAUGAUCGCUUAAGAAUCGAUCACUUAUACGAUUACUAAAGAACACCAAUAAACGUUAUCUAAAGAUUGUCGAUAACCCGAUCCGUCUUGUUCCGAAAUACGUUUCGAUAACUAAUGUCCUACUGUAGAUUGAUUCGUAUCCAAGAUUAAAAGUUUUAGAAGGAGAUUACGGUGGUUGAACGUUGAAUCUGAUGAUUUAGAUCGAUCACGAGGAAGCCAUGAAUCACGAUUUAACAACCACAUUAAAGAGCGAGCUAGCGGCUCUCGAGUACAAGCGGGACCGUCUGGUGUCCGAGCUUCAAGAGACGAAGAGCCUGAUUCGAAGUCGGGAUCAACGAAUCGUGGAAUUGGAGGUAGAGGUCGAUCAGCUUCGCGAGCAAGCAGCCAGGCAGACUGCGAUCGUUUCCAGUUUAAAGAAACGUAUACAGGAACUGGAAGAACGAGAGAGGACUCUCUACGCGACUCAAGGCAGAAACGAGAUCACGAUACAGGGUUUGCAGAGGGACUUGAAGUAUCACGAGGAAAAGGUGCGAGAAUGCGACAAGAAGAUAUGUCAGCUGGAGCAGACAGUGUCCGAAGAGAUACAGUCGAAAGAGCGUGCUCGUUCAAACUUGCAGGAAUUCACUCGAAAGCUGGCACACGCGUUGAACGUUGAGUACCGCGAAACCGUUCAUCCAAGUCCGGAGAUGGUAAUCCAGAAGACGGAAGAGCUGGUUCAAGAGACGAAUCGUGUUCGCGCGAAAUGCAACAACCUCGAGACGCAGUUGUCGACGAUCGAGAUGGAUCUCCGAAGUUGUCGAGAUGCUUUGGACCGUGCGGUCGCGGAGAAGGAUCAGCUUCAACGACAAACGUCCUCGCAAGCGAUUGAUCUGGACCGUUUCAGACAGGACAAGGAAUGCCUUGAGAUGCAGUACAGGGUGGCUGAAAGGGAGUUGAACGAGCUAAGGGAUAAAUUGGUGAACGCGAACAGGAGCAUAAGCAACGCGACCGGAAACUUAUCGAAUCAAGAAGCGUUGAUCUGUCAGUUACGAGAGGAUUUGAGGCAUCGGGAAGAAAAGGCGCACCGCGUGCAAAACGAACUUCGUCAUCUGUUGGAAUCUUUAGCGAUACUCGUCAGCGGAUCGAACAGAUACGUCGAGUCACACGAGAAUUCUAUCAAGGAUCGCAUCAGAGAAAUUCUGGCCGAGAACAAGGAUCAAGCUCUAAGCAUUGAAAAUCUUCGAGAAAAGGUAAACGCGGCGACAGAUUCGACUAAUCGACAGAGCGAACUGAUCGACACAACCGUAACCAAGAUGCGAAAUAUGGAGGAGGAACGUUCGAGUCUGGAGAGCAAGGUUCGCAAGCUGGAAUCCGAGCUGACCAGUUGCGAGUUGUCGAAGGAGUCUCUGCUUAGGGAGAAGGAAACGUUUCUUACGUUUUUAGCGAGGCUCGGGAAAGCGAUGCAAAUGGACGAGAUCUCGGAAGAAAUGGGCCUCGAACUACAAACGGAGUCGCUUCUGGUGCGAGCCGAACAACUGGCCAGGUUGGAAACCGACAAACUGGCGGACAAGUAUUCGUUCAACGACUACUCCAGCUUACCGAGGAUUCGACGCGAGCGAUCUUUCCAUGAGCUUCCUUCUAUGAAAGAAACUUCGGUGGUGUAUCAACUGCAACGCCGCGUAAGAACGCUACGGGAACAAUUGCAGCGCAGGGAUCUUCAUCUAGAUCUUCUUCGUAGAAAGUUGUCGCUUCAAGAAGACAGCGUCAGAAUGAAAUCGUUAUUGCAAAGCGAGAGAGACGAAGCUAAUCUUCGGGUGAAGAAACUGUCGAAGCAAAUUGACCGGUUGCAGCUUCAACUUUCGGAGGAGAAAUCGCGAAAUCGCGAACUAAGCGCUCAAUUGACGGAAGCAGCGGAUUAUAAGAUAGCCGCUUUGGAGCGCAGUCGAAAGAUAGAGGAGCUUCAGAAGCGUCUGGUGGAGAGCGAGAUGCUGAGAACUCGAUGCAACCGGAAGUUAACGAUGUUGAAGGAACAGAUGAGAAAUGUGACCGAGAGUGCCGAACAAGAGAGGUCUAUAAACGAUCAUUCGUUGCAACUUCUUAGAGACGAGCUAUCUCAGGUCAAGCAGAAUCUGUCCGAGGUUACCAAAAGGGAGUCUCAAUUGCAAAGCUUCCGUGUCUCCGUGGUGAAACUAUUGUCAGAGCCAAUCUGCACGCCCGAUUACGAGCUAAUUUCACGGCUACAGAAAAUGGUUGCCGCGCAUCGGGACUUUACGAUGCUUUCGCGAAGAUACGACGAACCCUUGGAAAGCAGCCCCUCCAGAUGCACCAGGGUUUGUCGUUGCAGCAUACAUCCAGUGCAUCCUCCUAGAUCACCUGGUUCACGGUGUACUCGAUACGAGGACAGUGGAUUCGUGGAACCGCCGAAUCUUCGAGACAUCGAGGAGGAAUUUAAUAAACGACCAGUUCGAAGCAGCCUUCUACCGUGACAUCGAUCCACGCACAAAUCUAUACCGUCCAAAUUGACUUUUCAUUUUUAAGGCCUCGAACGAUGCUGCAAUAUUUAUUCAAUUAAUUAGAUACCUACUUAUCGAUCUAGUAUAACGAAUAAAUGAAAAGAAACGAUUGAAA